AUGACUGAGUUCUCGAUGUUGCUUGAGUCCAUGGUACUUGAGAACAACUUGGUUGUGGUUGGUGACUUUAAUUUCAACUGGGCACAGAAAGACAGCAGCACCAAAAAGUUAGACAAACUUUUAGACAGCAUGGGCUUACUUCAGUGCGUUGAAUCACCUACACAUACCAGUGGCCAUGUUCUUGACUACGUCAUAGGGAGAGCCAGUGAUGAUGUACUUAUUUCAUCUUCGGUCAAGGUAUCUACCUUUAUAUCUGAUCACUGUAGCGUGGUUUGUGAACUGAAACUAGGUAAACCAAAGUGCUCUUGGAAAGUAGCUACUUACCGUAAAUUGAACAAAAUAGAUCUUGCUGAGUUCACCAGGGACAUGACCCAUCUACUACAAGUUGUACCAGAUUCCCUCAAACAACUAAUUGACAGACACGCCCCAAUACAGAGGCGACUACUACCCGUACGUCCCCAUAGCCCUUGGUAUACGCAUGACAUCAUGGAGGCCAAAAAGCAAAAGCGGAUGUACGAUAAGCAGCGGAGGAAAUCGAGUCUAACUGUUCACCGCCAAAUGUUUACAGAGCAAAGAAACCUGGUUCUUCGUUUAAUUAGAGAUGCCCGACGUGCACAUUUCAAACAGAAGAUAUCAGACAAUGCAACAAAUCCAAGACAACUUUUCGCUGUUGUUGAUGGUUCGCUACACAGUAAACCAUCACUGUGUCUUCCUGACAGUUCAUCUGCAUUAGACCUCGCGGAAAGGUUUAAUGUUCACUUCAAAACCAAAGUUACGCACAUCAGGUCGGAGCUUGAUGAAACAGGAAUCGUGCCUCAGCAGCUCAAAAAGGCGCACGUCACCCCCAUCUUAAAGAACUCAAAGCUAGAUAAGAACAAGCUGAGUAACUACAGACCUGUGUCGAAUCUGCCGUUCAUCUCAAAAGUUGUGGAGAAAGUGGUAGCUGGUCAACUCAAUGACUACCUAACAUCUAACAACCUGCUUGAGCUGGCACAGUCAGCAUAUCGAAACCACCACAGCACCGAGACUACGCUCCUGUGUGUUCAAAAUGACAUCCUUUGA